AUGGAUUGUAUCUGGAAAAUGGUUUUUUUCAGUAUUUUAACUUUCUAUGGGCAAGGAAAGGUGUUAGCAGGGAGUUUUUGGCAUAUCACUGACCUCCACUGGGAUCCUACCUACAAUCUAGGGAAUGGGAACUCAGAAUCAGUUUGUGUUUCAAGUGGUAGUCGUCCUACCCCACAUGCGGGUAAAUUUGGAGACUAUCUCUGUGAUUCACCAUGGGACCUCAUAAAUUCCUCUGUACAUGCCAUGAGGGAUAUUCUGCCUGAUCCAGAUUUUAUCAUUUGGACUGGAGAUGAUACUCCUCACAUACCUAAUGAGGAUCUGGGAGAAGAGGCAGUCCUCAGCAUAAUAGGCAACCUCACCCACACCAUAAAGGAGCUCUUUCCUAAUACAAAGGUCUACUCAGCUCUGGGGAAUCAUGACUACCAUCCAAAAAGCCAACUGCCACCUGAGCAAAACCUCAUCUAUGAGCAGAUACAAAAAUUGUGGGAGAGCUGGCUGGACCCUCCAUCAAGAGAAACUUUUAAGAGAGGUGGAUACUAUACAGAGAAGCUGUUGAAUCAAACUGGAUUCAGAGUGCUGGUUCUGAACACUAAUCUGUACUAUGACCAGAAUAAAGUCACAGAAAAUCUUAAGGACCCAGCAGACCAGUUUACAUGGGCAGAUCAAGUGCUCACUGAGGCUGCCAAAGCCAAGGAAAAGGUAUACAUCAUUGGCCAUGUUCCCCCAGGCUUUUUUGAGAAGAAGCGACAUAAGCCAUGGUUCAAAGCUGAAUUUAAUAAGCACUAUGUGGACCUUGUUCAGAAGCAUCAUGAUAUUAUAAUUGGCCAGUUCUUUGGUCAUCACCAUACAGACAGCUUUCGAAUGUUUUACAGUACAUCAGGAUCUCCAAUCAGUGCCAUGUUUGUGACUCCAGGAGUCACACCUUGGAAAACAACACUGCCUGGUGUAGCAGAUGGGGCAAAUAACCCUGGCAUUCGAGUGUUUGAGUAUGACAGCAAAACACUUUUAGUUAAGGAUGUGGUGACCUACUACCUGAACCUGAGCCGUGCAAACAUUGCAGAGACACGCUGGGAGAAGGAGUAUCGGCUGACUGAAGCUUUCAGAGUGCCAGAUGCCUCCCCAGCCUCCAUGCACCACAUCUUAGAACGGAUAGCAAACGACAACUGUUACCUCCAAAAGUAUUAUGGCUUCAACUCAGUGAACUAUGACCUUGCAGUGUGUAAUGAGGGCUGCCGUAUUGACCAUGUGUGUGCCAUGCGAGAGGUGGAUUUUGAGGCCUAUAAACAUUGUGUGGAGAAGGAGGGGACAUCCUCUACUGUCCCAGGACUGCUGGCUGUGGCUCUUGCAGUGAUACUGGGCAUGUGGGCCAGCCACGAAUGCUUCUGAAGCACUCCCUCUGUUAUAGCCACAAAGGAUGCACUCUUGCAAGUAAACUCUUAAUUAAGGCUGUAAUUAAGCCUUUGUUUUCGUCUCUUAAGCUUGUACCACACUGCAUACACAUACAUUUUUGCUUUUCAUGGAUUGUAUCUUAAAACCAGACAACAAACCUUUACACUGUCAUAUAAAUAUGUCGAUGUGAGUUACAAUACUGCAAAACAUUCCAAAUACACUGCUGAACAUU